AUGCGAACACUGGGGCUAGCCGAAUUCGGUGCGGUAACACUGAUUGGGCGCGAAUCGGCAUGUCGUACAGCGGCAAGCGGCUUACCGGUAACAUCCGCCGCAACACGCAUGCUGGGAAGAUUUUCAAAGCUUGCCUCGCUGGAUCAUCCAAAUUUAUGCAAAUAUGUUGAAAUGAUUCGAUCAACAACUCUUAAAAAUGCCGUAUACGUAAUAUCGGAGCAUUAUUCGCGAUCGAUUGCCGAUGAACUGAAGCAGCACAGACGGUGGGUGAUUAGUUCUCAAUAA